GAUACAUUUAAUCUAUUGAAGAGCAUGAAUGUUUUCUGCCAUAUGCAAAGGGCUUUUUAGUUGUUGAAUAGUGACAUCUGAUAUGUUUGGGCCUUUCCAGUAUGGAAUAGUUAGCCCUUGAAGCUGUUUAAUUUAUUGAAGAGCACAAAUACUUUCCUGCUGUAUGUGAAGGGCCUUUUAAUAAUCAUUGAAUAGCAAUGUCUGAUAUGCUCAGCUUUUUUGCCUGUUCAAAAUCAGAUUUUGACUUUCAUUACAGAAUGGGUGCUGAGGAUUUUAUCUUUUUGUGUUUAAUGUAGUUGUUAGUUGAAUACACCAAUAAGAAGAGCUUUUUGUUUGGCUUGAAAGUUGUGUGUACCAGAUUGUGAAUUCACUACAAUAAGUUAUAUAUAUAUAUAUAUAUAUAUAUUUUUUAUCCCCAAGCAUUUACGAACCUAUUUUUCUAUCUGUUCAGGACCACGUAGCAUUGAUGAUGGAACUACUUGGCAUGAUGCCCCGCAAGAUUGCCCUAGGUGGCCGCUACUCUCGAGACUUUUUUAAUCGAUAUGGUGAUUUAAGGCACAUCCGCCGGUUGCGUUUUUGGCCCAUGAAUAAGGUCCUCAUUGAGAAGUAUGAAUUCAGUGAACAAGAUGCAAAUGACAUGACCAACUUCCUGGUUCCCAUCCUUGAUUUUAUCCCUGAGAAGCGUCCAACUGCUGCUCAAUGCCUCCUUCAUCCAUGGAUCAAUGCUGGGCCUCGGCUUUUAGAGCCUUCUGUAUGUUCUUCUCAAAGCCAAGACCUGGACAGUCUUUCUGAAGAAAAGAAGGGAGACAAGGAUGAGAUGGAAGCCAUGGAGGCUGGAAUGAGGAAUAUUGUCAUUAGUGCAGAUUCUAAAGUGGUCAAAGAUGACCAGACUACUUCAAAAUUAUCCAAGUCAGCUAGAAGCUCCUCUAGGUAGGUCCACCAAGCAUGCCUGCAGCUAAGGAAAUCUUCUCUUCAAUCUGUUUGUGUAGAUUUCUCCAAUGGCUCUUGGAAUUCCCUUAAGAGGCAUGAUCUUCCUAUAAUCUUCUGUAUUUGUUUUUUGGAUGAGCUUUGGGAGGGAUGCCAUUUGAUUCUCGUGCAGGUUAGGCCUUGGGAGGAACAAUAACUCCGAAGGAGAUAUUCCGGAACUGCUGCAAGGGUUCCCUAUUCAAACAUGGUUGAUGGAGCACGCUCCUUUCCAUUGUAUACAGCAGGUCGAAGGUGGCUUUUGUUACAAACUCCUUUGUUUGUAAAAAAAAAUGUUCAAUUUUUAUGCAAUUGAUGAACUGGCGUAGCAUUCUUCGUGCUGGAACUAUUGGUACAUUAUAAAAGAUAUACACAUUC